UCUUUGUAUAUAUACAUCAGCUCAUGACCCCCUAGCUUAAUCCUCUCUCAUAACCCCCAACCCCACAGCAUUUUGGCUUGCAUUACUACCGUAGGAUUUGCCCUUUAUCGACCGACCGACCUUCGAUUCGAAAAUGGUGGAAGUGAAAUGCGUAAGGAAGACCCAUGUGAAGCCCAAGAAGAGCUUGGGGAGGAAAGAAUGUCAACUUGUCACCUUCGACCUCCCCUACCUGGCCUUCUACUACAACCAGAAGCUCAUGCUCUACAAGCUCGCUCAUGGUGGCGAUCAUGACUUUGAGGGCAUGGUGGUGAAGCUCAAGGAGGGGCUGGACGUUGCGCUCGAGGAGUUCUACCAGCUCGCGGGCCGGCUCGGGAAGGAUGAGGAAGGCGUGUUCCGUAUUGAGUAUGAUGAUGACAUGACAGACGGGGUCGAGGUGGUCGAGGCAUCCGCCGAGGAUGUCUCGGUUGAUGACCUCGCUGCCGAGGAAGGGACGGAGAUCCUCAAGGACUUCAUCCCUUACAAUGGGAUCCUCAACCUCGAGGGCCUCCACAGGCCUCUCCUCGCAAUUCAGCUGACUAAGCUGAGGGAUGGCAUUGCCGUCGGCUGCGCUUUCAACCACGCUGUCUUGGAUGGCACCUCUACGUGGCACUUCAUGAGCUCGUGGGCCCAGAUCUGCAGCGGGGCCCCCGCCGUCUCGGCGCCUCCAUUCCUCGACCGCACCAAGUCCCGCAACACCCGCGUCAAGCUCGACCUCACCGCCCCGCCGGACCCGUCGUCCAUGCCCAAUGACAAGGACCUCAAGCCAGAGGGCCCCGCGGCCCCCAAGCUCCGGGAGCGCGUUUUCAAGUUCUCCGAGGCUGCCAUCGACAAGAUCAAGUCAGUGGUCAAUGCAGCCCCCAGGCCGGAUGGCUCCAAGCCCUUCUCCACCUUCCAGUCCCUCGGCGUCCACAUCUGGCGCCACGUCACGCUGGCCCGCGGGCUCAAGCCCGAGGAUAUCACCGUGUUCACCGUCUUCGCGGACUGCCGGAAGCGGGUGAACCCGCCAAUGCCCGAGUCCUACUUUGGGAAUCUGAUCCAGGCUAUCUUCACCGGAACAGCAGCGGGACUUCUCUCGGCGCACCCACCUGAAUUUGGGGCGGGGCUGAUCCAGGGCGCGAUCGAGGCCCAUGAUGCAGCGGCGAUCGAUAAGAGGAACACGGAGUGGGAGGUGGCCCCGAAGAUAUUCCAGUUCAAGGAUGCUGGGGUCAACUGCGUGGCCAUCGGAAGCUCGCCAAGGUUCAAGGUGUAUGACGUGGACUUCGGAUUCGGGAGACCAGAAGGUGUGAGGAGCGGGUCGAACAACCGGUUUGAUGGGAUGGUAUACCUGUACCAGGGGAAGAGUGGCGGGAGAGGCAUCGACGUGGAGAUCACCCUCGAGGUCGGAACCAUGGAGAGGCUGGAGAUGGACAGGGACUUCCGCUUCGAGGAAGCCUAGGAUAUUGCUUCGAACCAACGUUCGAAUUGAGGCGGAACAUGGUACUAUGUAUUUUCUCUUUUUUCUGUCUCCCCCCCUCCUUUUUUCUAUUUUAUUUUGGAGAAAUUAGUUAUGGGUGUCGUGAGAACAUGAUAUGGUUUCCAUUGUAUCCGAGACUUUUGAUGGGGUGCUUAAUUUUAUUACGAUGAUGAUGCGAUGAUUAUAUGGUUGUCCACACUAAA